AUGUCGGCAUUCAGUUGGAUAUUUUCAAGCACACGCUGCAACAAGCACGAAAUGUGGUUAGUUGCGAAAAACAGUUCCCUGCUGUCGCCUGAUCUGACGCUGAUCAUUUUGCAUAUUUCCUUAAGAAAUUUAAGGGUGUUGGGGUCCAUCGGGCCAAGAACCUCGAUGCAUAUUGGCAAGAAUUCCAUCGAGGGGAGGGCGUUCCCAUAUUUUUUCAUUUUCUCGUCCGCUGCCCUGGUCGCUGCCAAACCGCAUUCUUUACUUGUCAGGUUUACGUAUCGUUCGGCGAGGGUGCCAGGGACCGUAACAUCCCACGCCAAACAUCUGCCGGCUCUCCAAGGUAUUAGCGUGCAUCCGUCCGGGCGUCUACCAUCAUGCGCAGAAAUGACGGAUGGUUCCUUGAGAACCGGGAUUGAAGCCUUGGAGAAGAGCCGACAAAUGUAA